AUGUCGUCUCGUCGAGGCGGCAAAUCGGGCGGCAGAGCGGCGCCGACACGAGAAGUGCAAGUGUCCAAGAAGCUUUCCUGGCUUCUCCGCCACGGCGCGGAGAAGGAAGGCCUGCAACUCCAAGAAGGAGGUUUCAUUAGCGUCUCGGAUGUUCUUUCCAACAGAAACAUUCAAUCCCUCAAGGUCACGUUGGAGGAGGUGCAGGAAAUCGUUCGCGACAACGACAAGCAGCGUUUCACCCUGACUCCAGCCUCGGAAAGUGUGGAUCCAACGAGUUCCAAUCCCAAAGACUACCUCAUUCGUGCCAAUCAGGGACACAGUCUCAAGGUCGAGUCAGAGGGACUGUUGCAACCCAUCACGGCGGAGAAUGCGCCGGAAAGUGCAGUUCACGGAACGACACAUUCUGCCUGGCUGCUGAUUGCUGCAUCGGGCGGUCUGAAGCCAAUGGGGAGAAAUCAUGUGCAUUUCGCUUCGGGUUUGCCGGAAGGGUUCAAGUCGGUGGUUGAAGCAGGCAGUGCCGGCGAUGAAGCGCCUGUGAUUUCCGGUAUGAGAAAGUCUUCUACCAUCCUGAUGUUUUUGGACAUCAAAAAGGCAAUGGAAGCGGGUGUUGAGUUCUGGUUGAGCGAUAACGGGGUCAUCUUGAGUGCAGGCAAUGUUGACGGUUUGAUCCCCUUGGAAUACUUCAAGCGCGUCGAGGACCGGACCGGCGAGGGUGUUUUGCUGGAGGACGGCAAGGUGGUCAAGGAAGCUCCGGAGAAGUGGGCGAAGAAGGGGAAUACCAAAUCAUGA